GCAGAGAGCUCAGGGGAGCAGCUUCAGAAGCAACAGCAUGUGAGUUCUGCCUUCCCCUAAUGGAGGCAGCGGAGGGAGAUGCGGGAGCCCACAGGAUGAGUUUUAGGGAGGAGACGAGGUGCAUUUUCUGAGGGAGGCAGGUCUUUUCUUGAUAUGGCUUCAGAAAUCACGUAUGCAGAAGUGAAGUUCAAGAAUGAAUCCAUCACCCCAGGCACCUACUUAAAUUCUGCUGCAGCCCCCGAAGUGAAGCCCACCCCUCAUCUGAGCAAGCCUGGUGGCCCCUCGCUGCUUUUUACAUCUUUGAUGGCACUUUUCCUGCUGUUGGCUAUCUCAUUUUUAAUUGCUUUUAUCUUUUAUUUUCAAAAGUACUCUCAACUUCUUGAAGAAAAAAAUGCUAUAGAAGAUCUAACUUACACAGAGUUGAACUGCUCAAAAGACAAAGUCUGGAGCUGUUGCCCAAAGGACUGGAAGGCAUUUAGUUCCCACUGCUACUUCGUUUCCACUGACUCUGCAACUUGGAGCCAGAGUGAGGAGAAGUGCUCCAGCAUGGGCGCUCGUCUGAUGGUGGUCCACAGCAAGGAAGAGCAGGGUUUCAUCACCAAGAUCCUGGAAGUUAAAGCUGCUUAUUUUAUCGGGCUCUCGGAUCCAGGUCAUCGACGGUGGCGAUGGGUUGAUCAGACACCAUACAAUGAAAGUGCCACGUUCUGGCACCCAGGUGAGCCCAACGACAACCAUGAACAAUGUGUUGCAAUAAAUAAUCGACGUUCUAGUUGGGGCUGGAAUGACAUCCCUUGCAGUAGUAAAGAGAAGUCUGUUUGUCAAAUGAAGAAAAUAUACUUAUGAAAACCAUUCUCCAUGGACAUGGGAUUGCAUUUUUAUCCACCAUUAUACAGAUACCUGGAACACUUUUCAGUGGAAGAGUUGUCCACAGGAUUUAAAUAGGCAGCAAAUGGUCAUACAUAUGAGGACCACAUAUAUACGUGUUUAUUCAUCUACCUACUCCUUCAUAAGAUGACCUUUUACUUAGGAUUUUCCAUGUACCAGAUCACUGUACAUUUAUCCUUUUGUGCACACAUGGGGCUUUCAUUUCUCUUCCAAGGUUUCAUUUAUUCCCAUAAAUGCAUGCUAUGUUCUCUCCAUCUUAUCUGUUUUUUCUCUUACUUACUCAGUCUUUGGCUUUGUUGACAUGUCCUUGAGAAAUAAAAUUAUGUAUAUUUAA